AACUUCCCCAGUCCACCUUAAGAGGAGGAUGUAGCAGCCCGCGGCGCCCGCCAUAGGAAAACAAGUUUGCGCGAACCGCGGCCCAUGGAGCCCGCCGGCCUGGUCCCCGGCCGCCUCGGGCCGCUGCUCUGCCUGCUGCUCGCCGCGUCCUGCUUCUGGCCAGGAGCAGAUGCACAAGAGGACCUAAAGGUGAUUCAGCCUGAGAAGACAGUGUCUGUUGCCUCUGGGGAGACAGCCACUCUGAAUUGCACUGUGACCUCCCAGCUUCCAGUGGGGCCCAUACAGUGGUUCAGAGGGGUAGGACAGAGCCGGGAGGUAAUAUACAAGUUCACAAAAGAGCACUUCCCCCGAGUCACAAAUGUAACAGAUACUUCUAAGAGAAACAACUUGGACUUUACCAUCCGCAUUAGUAACGUGACCCCAGCAGAUGCUGGCAUCUACUACUGUGUGAAAUUGCAGAAAUCAGACUCUGACAAGGAGUUUCAGACUGGAGGAGGCACGGAGCUCUCUGUGUGUGCCAGACCCUCUCCACCUGUGGUAUCCGGCCCUGCGGCCAGGGUUGCACCUGAGCAGACAGUGAGCUUCACCUGCAAGUCUCAUGGCUUCUCCCCGAGGAACAUCACCCUGAAGUGGUUCAAAAAUGGGAAGGAGCUCUCCCACUUCCAGACCACAGUGGACCCCGCAGGAGAGAGUGUCUCCUACAAUGUCUCCAGCACAGCCCAAGUGAUGCUGGGUCCUGGGGACGUUCAUUCUCAGGUCAUCUGUGAGGUGACCCACAUCACCUUGCAGGGAGGCCCUCUUCGUGGGACGGCUAACUUGUCUGAUACCAUUCGAGUUCCACCUACCUUGGAGAUCACCCAACAGCCCUCGAUGACAGGGACCCAGGCGAAUGUCACCUGCCAGGUGCAGAAGUUCUACCCCAUGAAAAUCCAGCUGACGUGGUUGGAGAAUGGAAACACAUCCCGGACAGAAGUGGCCUCAACUAUCACAGAGAACAAAGAUGGGACCUAUAAUCGGACAAGCUGGCUCCUAGUGAACUCAUCUGCCCAUAGAGAAGAUAUAGUGCUCACCUGCCAGGUGGAGCACGAUGGGCAGCCAGCGAUCACCAAAAACCAUACCCUGGCAGUCUCUGCCCAGCAGAAGGAGCAGGGCAUGGAUACUGCCCUUGAUGAGCCUGUCAGCUGGAGUGUCUUCAUCGCAGCAGGUGUGGUGUGUGCCUUGCUGGUGGUUCUGCUCAUGGCAGUCCUCUACCUCCUCCGGAUCAAACAGAAGAAAGCCAAGGGGUCUACUUCUUCCACAAGGUUACAUGAGCCUGAGAAGAAUGCCAGAGAAAUAACCCAGGUACAGUCUUUGAUCCAGGACACAAACGACAUUAACGACAUCACUUAUGCAGACUUGAAUCUGCCCAAGGAGAAGAAGUCCACUUCCCAGGCUGCCGAGCCUAACAACCACACAGAGUAUGCCAGCAUUCAGACAGGCCUGCCGCCCAAAGCAGAGGACACCCUUACCUACGCCGAUCUGGACAUGGUCCACCUCAACCGGGCACCCAAGCAUCCAGCCCCCAAGCCUGAGCCAUCUUUCUCAGAGUAUGCCAGUGUCCAAAUCCAGAAGAAAUAAAUUGGACAGUGGUUGGCUCUUGGGCCAUCCCCGCAAGUUUUCUUGUCCAUGAUGAGAAUAGCCAGCCAGUCCUGUCCCUAGGAAGCCUGGUGACACAGGCUCUGGGGCCGGAGUGAGAGUAGCUCUGUCUGCCGACCCCCUCAGCUCUCCAGCGCAUUGAGGGUGGCCAUACCCCCUCCACCUUGCCCACAUCUGGAGGCCUGUGAUGCUGAACCAGCUGGGGAAUUGGCCAGAACUGCCUGGGAUCCAGGAAGUGUUGUGCCUCUAUCCCAUCAUGUGUGGAUCUGGGUCAUGGUCUUGAAUACCCCAGGUUGUCUCCUUGAUGCUCUGGAGCCUGAUCUCCAACCACCUGCACCCAUGUGGGACUAUGGGGAAGGAUUCCCUUUAGUUCAUGCUGCCCCAUCCAUGGAGGAGACAGUCAAAAACAGACCCACGUCCAGAGACUUGGUGAGCUUGCAGCCUACAGUGCUGGCCUCUUCCUAGCUGGCUAACUACAGUCCUAGGGAAGGAACCCUUUCCUCUUCUUGGCCAGCAAAGACUCCUUGGGCAUGCUUAUCAUGCCCUGCCUCCUUUCUAGCCCCAGCUUGCUUCUUCCAGCCAGCACUAACUCAGCAGCAUCACACUGUGGAUGCCUGUAAAUUAUUGAGAAAUGUGAACCGUGCAAUCUUGAAGCAAAGGUGUUAGAAAACUUGAUCUGUGGUGUUUUGUUUUGUUUUGAUUCUUAAAACAACAGCAACGUCAUCUUGGCUCUUUGUCAUGUGUUGAAUGGUUGGGUCUUGUGAAAUCUGAGGUUUAACAUUUUGUUGUCCUAGAGGGAUUUUCUUACAGCAGAAAUGGAGUUUCUCCAAAUUCCAGAGCCCUGAGGACUGGGAAGAAGGAUCCCUCAUUUAUUCCUUUCAGACCUCUAGCCUUCUCACUAGGACUAACUGAGUCCUGUCCGCGCUGAGCCAUGCGGCUCGUCCUGUGCCUCCCAUGGUAAAUGCAAACCUACCCAUUGCUCUGCUCCAUGCAGUCUUGUCUUCUAAUGCCCGUCUGUUCUUCCAUAAAGAGGGGAGAGGGACAGUAACACCCCUCUUUCACUUACAAGCACUUUAAGGUUAUGCAGAUGGGAGGGACCAUGAGAGAGCACCCCCAUUCCACCUCACUAAACUAAUCUGUGCAGGAGUCUUCCGUUCUUGCUGUCAACCUCCAUUAGGGUCACACAGUCCAGAACAGUAUAGUUGCAGACAAGGGUAGACCACUACUCUGUCUCUGAAGACUGGACAGAGGCUCUCAGCCAGUUAUCUUCUGACCCCACCCUUCCAUCUGAGUGAGUGCCAGGGCUUGGCUGGGUCCGGGGACAAGCCUUUGUUGCAGCCUUCACAUGUGCACUCACACGUUAAGAUGCUCAUGUCCCUAGCCCAAGGAUGCUAGAGGGUUUUGUGGCUCAGGUAGUUCAAAGAAGCAGCUCAGCUGACCUGCCCAUUUCUGCAUUUGUGAUGGGACUGUCAGCAGGACUUGGCUCUCUAGGGGUGAAAACCUAGUGCUCCUGUUCUGGCAUCGAAGAGUUAGCAGAGCCAAAAGGCCUUGUUGGCAGCAUUGACCCAGCAAGCCAGAGCUUAUCUGUGGCAUCUGUGAGCCAUGAUGUCCCUGCUUAGGCUGUCUCUCAUUUCCAAAGGGUUAGUUUCCAUCUCCCUCUCCUCUGCCUUGAGUCAGCACGUGAGUGUGUGCACAAAAAUGCACACACAAGAAUUUAAUAUUUUCUUGGUGCCAUCUGAAUUUUAUCUGAAUUUUUGGAUGGGGAAAGAAGGGAAUGGGGUCAGGAAGACAUACAGCUAUAGCUUCAGCCAGAUAGCCUGGAAAGACCUGACACUUGCAUAGAGGUUCUUAGAAACAACUUUGUGGGAGGAGCAUGGAUUCUGGAAUUUAUUUGGGAACCAUUAGGAAAGAAGCAGCCCUGUUUUGUAUAUAGUUGCAACUUAAUCUUUUUGGCUUGCAAAAUAUUUUUGUAAUAAAGAUUUCUGGGUAACAAUGA